UCGCCAGUCACUCGCCACAACUGAUAUGUGGCACAAUCCAUACCACUUUAAGUGUUCAGGUUUGUUGUCAAAGUCAGAUAGUUCAGUCCACAAAAUUAUACAUACAACUUCAAAAUAGAAACUCUGUUGUUACACAAAUUACAGUGCAUGCACAAUGGCAACCUCUUCUGACGUUAAACAGGGAGAACCCCGUUAUAGCAAUUUUGCAAAAUAUCAAAGCUUGAGUUGUUCUUCGGAGGAAGGUUCAUCAUCAUCUGUUGUUCAGUUACCUACCAUGUCUGUAAAAGGACCACUGUUGGGAUCAAAUGAAUUAAUAAAAUGCCUGCCAAGAAAAGAGGCCGUGAUACAAAUCUGCACCUGGAAUAUGGGUUCGCUUCCAUUUCCCAGCGAUAAUCAAUUGAAGAGGAUUUUCAAACAUGAUGGGAUUGAUAUUCAUAUCAUAGCGAUCCAGGAAAGUUGGCCGUCCCCAGAUGAAUCAGAAUUACUCUUCCAGACGUCCUUAGGACCUGGAUUCGUACUCUUUCACUCCGUUACCUUUGGAACUCUGCAUCUAUGUAUCUUUCUCAGGAGAGAGCUCGUGUGGUACACUUGUGAGCCCGUCGAUGUGAGCCACACAGUUCGUUCGGGCCGUUUAUUCAAGACGAAAGGAGCUGUGGGAAUUGGAUUUGGAUUAUUCGGGACCAACAUCCUGAUAAUAAAUGCUCAUCUGUCUGCUGGGGAGGAAAGUUCGAGGGAAAUACAGCGGAUGGAAGAAUUAAACAGAAUUCUAGUGGCACAUGAGAUCAAUAAGAAUCGCUACGACACCGUUUAUCUUGCAGGUGACCUAAAUUUCCGCAUCUCGGGUCUCGGGAGAGAGAAAAUCGUGGAGGAGUUGAAAAACAACAACCUUCAGAACAUAUUGAUGGAAGAUCAACUUAAUAAACUUUUAAUUAACUCGAGCCUUCCUGACACAUCCAGUUUGAAAGGGUUCUCCGAAGCUGCAGCCAUCACGUUUAGACCAACAUACAAGUACGACAUUGGUACAGAUAAUUUUGACUCAUCUGCAAAAAAACGUGCUCCAGCCUACACGGAUCGGAUUAUUUACAAAUGUUUUUCGGAGAAAAGUGGAUUUCCAGUGCCCAGUCAGUGCCUCAAAUAUGAAGCUGUUACUGAACUCAAGGUCUCAGACCAUCGCCCAGUAAUUGCAAUGUUCUCGAUAAAGUUGAAACCUGGAUUUGACACUCUUCCCAUCACAGGAGGUCGAUUCAAAAGAGACGUUUAUGCUAAAGCUAUGCAAAAAAGAGCCAAAUUUCUGCUGGACAAGAGAAUUUCAAAGUUGGCUUCCACAGCGUGCAACUUGUCCUAGUGCUCCUAACUAUAUACGUGCAGAUACAUACUUAAAAGAGCGAUUUAUAAUGAUGGGGAAACGAAUGGGAGGACGCUGAAGUGAAAGUGAAGCUCCCCUGUUUUGCCCCUUUCAUGCUUUUCGUUUGAUUGUUGACGAAUCCAUCGGCAAAAGACGGCCGUCGUUGUUCUUUGCGGAGUAAUGGAGGCAUGUUUCGAGUCCGAAGGAUGACUACAUAAUGUCAAUCAACAGAAUCUCAAAGGAGAAAGGUAGUAUGCAUGGUCGCACAUGACACGACACGGUGACUUGGGCGACCCACUUGACUGCCAAACGUUGGCAAUGGUUGUCUCCUCAAAGACGAGGAGAAUGCUUCUCAUCCAACUGAAAGUGGUUGAUUCCGUCCCAGUCGCUUCAAUAACUUCAAAUGACGAUUCGAUCGCAACUUGAAAGACUGGCAUACUUAUCUGUUUGGCAGAAUACAAUGUAUACUGAAGAAGAUCUUACGUGCGUACAUAUUUUUAUACUAAGCAGCUUUUUCAUGAUAUUCUUACUCUAAGGUGGUGUACAAAUAGGUAGAUAUGUUUCGAGAAUCACGAAUAAAUAACUGGAAUCAGCAUUUGUGAAAUGAUACGACACACUGUAAAGUAUGGCUAAAUAUAAAGCUGUCUCGUGUAUACCUUUCUAGUCGUUUUUAGUAGCUAAGUGGUUAAUAAAAUCAACGAGAACUUGA